AUCGAAAUCGGUUGGUGGGUUUCAUCUUAUUUUGAAGAAUUCAGCAGAAUCUCUGUUGGGGUGAAACCGAUUGUUAUAAAGUUGGCUCCUUUAGAUGGGUUUUAAGUCUCCCCAUCAGCUACAUUGUUGAGGAGCAAAGUAAAGUCUGGUUGCGUCCUCUUCUCCCAAGUGUAACUGUGGUUAAAGUUUAGCCGAGAUGCAGGGAGAGAGGGCCAGUCUCGGCUAUUUAUCAGAGGCCUUGAACUUUGAGCAUGGUUCUACCUCUAGUAAUGGUGUGAUAGACCACUGGGAGAAUAUUCACGGUCUUGGUGAUAACGACUUGCAGGACUACAUGAUUGCAAAUUCUGAAUCAAGUGCAUCCCUCGCAAACUCUGUUUAUCCCGAGCAACAUGAUUUACAUAGGUUUAGCCUCGGCGAGGCUAGCUCUAGUGGCACCAAGAAUGAAGCCUCCAGUCACAAUGAGCAACGAAGAAAUGAAAUAAUUGAUUUAGACUCAGAUUCUGAACAACCAUCUGCCCCCAAUCAACCUGUUCAGAGUGUCAACCUGAAUGCAGAAUAUAUUGAACUUGACGAGGAUGUUAAUCUGGUUAGGGAUAGGUCUGACUUCUUUGAAGCUAACGGACCAGGGACCAGGGUUUCACAACCUGGCAGAGCUUUUGAAGAGAAUAGUGUUAGAACAGGCUCUUCUGUUGAUGGGCGUCGUACAUCUUGCAAGAGAAAGGCUAUUGAAGGCAGUUCUUCUUCAGGUGGUUUCCAUCACGGUGAAAGCAGUUCCUGGACUCCAGCUACUUCUACGGAUUAUAGACCAGGAAAUGGUCUAAACAUAAAUGGCUCUCUUGACCAUGGUCCAAGAGGUGGACAGGUCUCUGGUACUGCUUCAAGUUUUCUUGUUUCUGCAAUUGCAGAAAGCUCCAGGAGUAAUCCUUCAGAACAACAGCAAGAAACUGUAAACCCAGCUGCUGCCUUUUCUGCGGGAACUGUUGUCAGGCGACCUGUCCCUCCAUCCCAGUCAAGACUUUUACCCGGAGAUCAACAACAUAUGUUGGAGUUAAGACAUGGACUUUCUUCAGGAAAUGUCUUUUCCCGGAACCCAAAUCCUCCUGCUAUGAGCAUACCACCUGUUUCAAGGAAUAUGCUACCACCGUUUCAGUGGACUGAGAGCUCACUAGCUGGUGAAUCAUCCAGCUCUACCGUUCCCACUGAGAGAAAUCUUCAUCUAGAUGAAACCAGGUCAAGAAGCAUAUCAGGGAGUGUUCUAGAGAUUCCCUUGUUUAAUCCAGCUCCUGAACUCAGGAAUGUAUCCGGAAGCAGAAAUGCAAACCUGAAUAUUGCAUCAUCAUCAUCAGUGUCCAGGACAGGCUCAAGCACAGGUGUUCAAGCACCAUCUUCUAAUCUAGCGUGGACGCCUUACCAGCAUUUACCACAUCACCAAAGAAGAAGAUCUGAACUUGCACGUAGGUCAUUGAUUUCUUCUCUUUCCGUAGAUGCUAGAUCUGGUGGUGAUCAUCAUCCAACUCUUCGUUCGUUGGCUCCUCCUGCCCCUCCGGAUGGACUUGUGCUUCAGCCUGGUGGUGAUAAUAGCCAGAUGCAUAAUCGGGCUUACUCGAGAGCAGGUCUGUGGCUUGAUAGACAAGUGGAUAGUUUGGUCGGUGCUCCUCCUCAAUCUUUAAGGGCCUUGGCAGCUACAAGCAGAGGAAGAAACAGACUUAUGGUAUCCCAGAUGCAGAAUAUCUUGGAUGUCAUGCGUAGGGAUCCAAAUCAUAACUUGCGGCUUGAGGAUGUAAUGCUUCUAAAUCAGUCAGGGAUAUUUGAUGGGGCUGCUGCUGGUAUGCAUGACCGAUAUAGAGACAUGCGACUUGAUGUAGACAACAUGUCAUAUGAGGAACUUUUGGCAUUAGAAGAGCGGAUUGGAGAUGUUUGUACUGGUGUAAACGAAGAAACUAUAUCAACCCGGUUAAACCAGAGAAAAUACAAAAGCAGCACAAUCUCUCCACAAGAUGCAGAGCCAUGCUGUAUUUGUCAGGAGGAAUACACCGAGGGAGAAGACAUGGGGAAGUUAGAAUGUGGGCAUGAGUUCCAUAGCCAAUGCAUAAAAGAAUGGCUGAAACAGAAGAAUCUGUGCCCAAUUUGCAAGACGACAGGCUUGAACACAGCCAAGAAGCGGAAAAUAGGAUGAAUGAGAGCUUUUUCUUUUUCUUUUUGUAUUUGUUUUUACAAUUCAGCUUAUGAACAAAAAAAAAUGAAAAGAAACAAAAAAAGACACCCUCAAGCUCCCACCAUUGCAGAGCCUCUCACCGGAAAUGCCUCUCACAGGGAAGUUGCUCCCCUUUUGUUUGUUCUAGUAUAGUCUGAGUAUAUGCAUUCAUAUGAUUUGAAGAUCAUGAUUUGACUGGUACAAAGGUUUGUGACUAAAGGAAGAGAGAAAAGGGUGAUAUGGAAAUGUUGGGAGAAUGUAAUUGUUGUUUCGUUUCUGAAUUGGUAUGGAUAAUUUAAUUUACUCAUUUGUCAGAUAAUAUUUUAUGAAACCACUGAAAGAAGCAAGAAAUUGAGCCAGCCGGUUUCGA